AGCGUCUCCCUUUCCGCAAAGUUGACCCAGAUGGGGGACGCUCAGCCCGUUUGCAGUUUCUUGUUCAAGAAACGUCGCCCCGCGCCUGGGAGGGGUCAGCGCAAGAGGCCAGGAAGCGACCCGGGGUCUGAUAAUAGCGGUGAUGAAGGCAGCACUGUGGUCAGGAAGGAGAGGCGCAAAGAAGUUUCAAAUCCAAUGAUUCAGAAGACCAAGAGAAUUGUAAAGGACAAGACCUCCUAUGGGUCAAGCAGCAGCGAGGAUGAGACCAAAUCUGAAGGAGUGGGAGUCGCAUACAAGUCUACAAGAUCUGCAAAACCAGUGGGUCCAGAGGACAUGGGGGCAACAGCCAUUUAUGAACUGGACACAGAGAAGGAGAAAGAUGCUCAAGCCAUCUUUGAACGUAGUCAGCAAAUCCAGGAGGAGCUCCGAGGAAAGGAAGACGAUAAGAUUUACCGCGGAAUCAAUAAUUACCAAAAGUAUGUGAAGCCAAAAGAUACGUCGAUGGGGAAUGCCUCCUCAGGCAUGGUAAGAAAAGGACCCAUACGAGCCCCAGAGCAUCUCAGGGCCACAGUGCGGUGGGACUACCAGCCUGACAUCUGUAAAGAUUACAAAGAAACCGGGUUUUGUGGCUUUGGAGACAGCUGUAAAUUUCUCCACGACAGGUCAGAUUAUAAGCAUGGCUGGCAAAUCGAACGGGAGCUGGAUGAAGGACGCUACGGAGUUAAUGAUGAUGAAAACUAUGAAGUGAGCGAUGAUGAUGAGGAGCUGCCUUUCAAGUGUUUCAUCUGUAGAGGCUCCUUCAAGAAUCCAGUGGUGACCAAGUGUAAACACUACUUUUGUGAGAGCUGUGCCUUGCAACAUUAUCGCACAUCCCAGAGGUGUUAUGUAUGUGACAAGCAAACCAAUGGUGUCUUCAACCCAGCCAAAGAGCUGAUAGCAAAGCUGGAGAAGCACAAGGUUGAAGAGGGAGCCCCGGCGGCUGAGGAGGAACCAGAAUAGCUUUUUUCACUUUUCAUCACUGCCUCAGAUUCCUU